UAUACAUCGUUGAAUGGUGUUUGUGGCUGAAAGUGAAGGUCUUGGAUUAUUGAUGAUUUCACCACCAAAAUGUCAAUGAAGACAUCCCCUCCAACCUCAGAAUGGCGAACGUAAAGGUAGCAGUUCGUGUGCGUCCACCCAGCAAAAAGGAAUUGGAUGCAGGAGCUAUCAAUAUCAUUGAUGUGAACGAGGAUGUACUGAGUAUCACAAACUUGAAGAUUAACAGCUCCGAAGGUGACAGGCACCGCGAGCGAGUCAAGAGUUACUCCUUUGAUCAUUGCUACAACUCAGUGGAUAGACAGUCGGACAACUAUGCCCCACAGGAACUGAUUUAUCAAGAUCUUGGCACGGAGGUUUUGAAUGCAUCCUUUAGUGGGUACAAUGCCUGCCUGUUUGCAUACGGACAGACAGGCUCCGGAAAGACCUACACAGUCAUGGGAGAUGAUGCGAAUGCUGGUCUGAUACCCAGGAUCUGCGAGGGAAUGUGCAGUAGAGUGGAUGAUCUAGAACAGGGUGUCACCUUCAAGAUAGAAGUCAGCUACUUAGAAAUCUACAAUGAGAGAGUGCGGGACCUCCUUGCGUCAUCCAGCGACACCAACUACACGUUAAAAGUCAGAGAGCAUCCCAAGGAUGGACCCUAUGUCCAAGAUCUGACAAGGCACUUGGUGUCCGACUUCAAUUCCGUCAUGAUGCUAAUAGCUCAGGGUAACAGAAACAGGACUACAGCAGCAACUCACAUGCACGAAGCGAGCAGCAGAUCGCACGCCAUCUUCACUCUCAACUUUGUUCAGGCCAAGAUGGUGAAUAACAUGCCCAGUGAAAUAGUCAGCAAGAUCAACCUGGUUGAUUUGGCUGGAAGUGAAAGAGCUAACCUCAACUACAGCAAGGGAAGACUGCAAGAAGGAGCAAACAUCAACAAGUCCCUGGUUACCCUUGGCAACUGUAUCUCGGCACUAGGCAUGGAUUCUGAGGAUGAUGACGCGGAGAACUCAAUGGCCCUCUCUGCUGCCAGCAUGGAGAGCCUUGCUCUGAGUGAAGACGCAGAUUUCAACAGUCCCAAACGACGGCCUGGAUUCAUCCCCUAUCGGAACUCGGUCUUGACGUGGCUGCUGAAGGACAGUUUGGGAGGCAACUCCAGGACCAUCAUGAUUGCAACAAUAUCUCCAUCCAGCACCUACUUCAAUGAAACGAUGAGUACUCUUCGCUAUGCUAGACGUGCCAAGAGGAUCAUUAACCAACCAUUGAUAAAUGAGGAUCCUAAUGUGAGACUGAUCCGAGAGUUACGGGCAGAGAUCAAUCGUCUGAAGACGUUGCUCAAUUCAGCCAGUCUUUCAAGCUCCCAAGCUUCCUUGGUCCAAGACGCGACGAUCAGUAAGAUGCUCGCCGAGAACGAGCAGAAAGUGGACCAGCUGACAGAGGCCUGGGUAGACAAGUGGAGAGAGGCGGCCAGAAUUAUGCAGGAGUGCAAUGUGGGCAUCCGGAGGGAAAGCAUGGGCGUGAUAGUGGAGUCAGAACUGCCUCAUCUGAUUGGAAUAGACGAUGACUUACUCAGCACUGGUAUCAUACUCUAUCACCUCAUGGAGGGGCAAACCACCAUUGGAAGGGAAGAUUCAGAAACUGAGCAGGACAUUGUUCUCUGGGGGCCAGGGAUUGAGUGCCAGCACGCCGUGAUUGUCAACCAUCUUGGCCGAGUCACCUUACAUCCUGUCAACCAAUCGGCUUGCGCUGUCAAUGGCAACGAUAUCCACGAACCAACCCCACUCAGCCAAGGUGCUGUUGUUUUGCUGGGUAAGACAAACAUGUUCCGCUUCAAUCAUCCAGCAGAAGCAGCUAGACUCCGAGAGAAAAGAGCAUCAUCUAUCAAACCUGAGGAUGUUGAGGAAAUAAGACGUCCUCGGAAGAACAGCGUAACACUCCGAGUUCAUAAUAACCUAACUGCCAUCACCGAAGAAGGUUCUAGAAUCCGCAAGAUUUCCCUGAGUAGAGAGACUCCUCCAUCCAGCCUUGACAGUCCGUGUGCUGUGCCGAGGGGACGAAGCCUGGACAGCUCUACCUCACCGAUUCCUGAAGUCUCCUCAAUCAUGAUGUAUAACCCAGGGGUUGAAUUGGAGAGACAACACAAGAUCAAAGUGGACAAAGUUGAAAGCACAAGGAAGAGGCUUGAGGAACUACAGGACAAGGAACGCCGCACGCAGGCAGCACACCAGAAGGAGGAGAAGAGGAUGAAGUUGGCCUUUGAGGAACAUCAGCAAAUGAUCCAGGAGCAACGAGAGUUACUGCAGAGGCUGAGAGAAGAGCACGAGAAAGUGAAACAGGAGACAGAGAGAGAACUAGAAGAGAUGAGACAACGUCUUGCCAAGGAAAAAGAGCAAGGUCUGAAACAGUUGGAAGAAGAAUGUAAGAGCUUGGGGACUGACCAGACCAGGAAAGCCUCACUUCUUGCCUUGGGUGGGGAUGCAGUUCCACAUGUUAUUGUUCAGGGAACUGAGCCAUCAUCCGACCUAUCAGUCCUGGACGUUGAUCGCAAGAGGCUUGCUCAGAUGGAGUUGAUGCAGAAACAGUCGCAGAGAAAAGCUGAAGCCGUUCUUGAGAGAAGGCUGGCGGCCUUCGACAGGCAGCGCUCGGCAUCACUGAGACUCAUCGAACAGGAGGAGAGGAGGCUUCAUGAGAUUGAAUGCAUCCCGUCGCUCAGCGACCGAUUUGCAAGUGCUUCCAAUGACUCUCUGGAUUCCUCCUUGAGGUCCGAGGAUGAGACAAGCAAUGGGAUCGAAUCGAGAGCUGUGAUUGGAUGGGGCAGGGUGAGCCCCAUUGGUGGAAGGAGUGAUAGUGAUAGUGCCAGUGGCAAGGCUGCAUCAAACUCUUCAGAUAAGGAAGAUAACGGGAUUGAGUCUCCAAUGACUAAAACUGCAACUCCUCCACCAAGUGUUAAUAGAACAGGCUCAGUCGAAUCCCUACCUCACAGAACUGUAAAACCCAUUUCUAGUAAAAGUCAACCGUCUCCCCCAAGGCCUAAUAAAGCUCCAGUUGCUACAUCUCCAGUGAAGCCCAAAUCAACUCCCAACUCUGUGUAUUCGAGGCUGUAUCAGCAGCAAGCACCCAGAUUUGACUAUUUACGCCGUAAACCUCAUCGACCAGAUGUGGAGGAUCAAAGUUCUAGACAGGGACAUGUGCAGGGUCGUGGACCAUCAGUAAGACAAAGAUCUCUAACUGAUGGAUCAGUGGAUGUAAAUGCCAGAAGCAACAGACUUAAUGGAAAGACUACACAUUCCAAAUCUCCUAGAAAUGAAAACCAAGCAUCCUUGACUCAUAACCAGACUAGAGACACAUUGAAAACUGAGUCUAAGCUAAGAACUAAAAGUCUGAGUCCAAGACGUCUCCCAGAAAAGAGACCAAUAAGUACGAAUUCAAUUUCGCCAGCUGCAAGGAGGAAAGAAGAUGAUGGGAAAGAGAGUAUUCACGUACCAUCUGCGAGAAGUAGGAGCAAGAGUCCUCUGAAAACACAAGCUCCCCAGAGAACAGUUCACAAUUCCAAAACUCAAAAUUCAAACCCCAAACCUGAAAUCCAAUCAAAUACAACAGGCAAACAGACAUCACCUGCAAGAGUUAAAAGGACCAAAACACCAUCCUCCGAAAGUGCAAUAGAAACAGCUAUGAAGCGAAAGUCUGCUGAGAGACAUAAAAAUGCUUCCAAACUCAGUAAAGAACCUGUUGGUUCAAAAGGAAAAUCUCCAGCAGGGACCCAGGACAAGGCAAAGGCAAAUCUGCCGAGAAUUGUUAAGCCUAUUUCCAAGGCUUUUGAAAAGCUGAAACCGAAGGCAACUCCUCACUCAGAUGCAUUCUUUGUCCCUCUGGAUGAAGAGAAUGAUGCGAAAACAGGAAUCGAUCAAAUCGGUCAAAAGCCAACACACCUGAAUAACCAUGGUGAUGUUGUUUUGGAAAAUGAGAAACUAUCUCUAGACAGGCAGCCUGCCAUUGGCUGCUCGGAGUCAAUGGAAGAUGUAGUCUCAAUACCUCAGCCCCCAAACCCUGUAUCUUCAUAUUGUCCCAGCAUCUGUGUAACAAGUGACGCCAGCUUAGAUGACAGCUUCUCGAGAGCUGUUGAAGAGAUUUUGUCUGAUACUAAUGAGUCGUUUUCUGAUUCCUUGGAGGAUGCGGAUGAGCAACAGCCACAUGCUGAAUGCUGUCUAGAUAGUGUGGAAGAUAAACAUCAGCCUUCUGAAAGUAUAUCUAACCAAAAUGUUGACCAAUCAUCGAGGAGGAGAAAAAGAGGUGUUUCCGUGGAAGCGGAAGACCAUCAUCUUAUUAGAUAUCCUGAAGACGGAGAUACCAAACUGGCUUUGCAGGACUCUCUUGAAGAUAUUUCUCCUGAGGCACCUUCCACAUCCACAUUCCUUUUAAGAGAAAACAGAUCUGAGGCUUCUCCUCACUCGGAUGAACGAAUCACAAGUGGGUACAUAUCUGAUCCUUCCAAUGAUAAUUAUCUGGAAAGAACAGGUGAAGGUAGAGACUUAAACCUCAGUGUCCUUGAGGACAGGCCUUUAGAGUCGGAGGAAUCCCCUCAGGAGGCGUCAGCUUUGAAUAAUGCCGAGGGUAUCGAGGAAAUCAAGUCAAGACCAGAUGAUAAUGGCGAUCUCACGCUCAGAAAAGCAUCCUUGGAAAUGGCAGUAAUCGAUUCUGGUGUUUCAACAGAUAACAACAGUGUGUCGUCUGACCAUACUAUGAGUGGCAUGGAUAGGACAGCCACACCUACUGUAGUGGACAAUAAUCUUGAUGUCUUGGUCCAGCAAGAAGUAGAUUACAAGGAAUGUGUGACACCUGCAGAUUCCAAACGUGGCCAUCAAACUGAUAAUGCAGCUGAUGUUUCUGAAAAUGCUUGGGUUAAUCCUGGUGUUGAUGGGACUAAAACAGAUAUGAUUCUACAACUGGAGGAAAAUGCUGUCACAAACCUUGCAGCUAACGGUAAUCUCCAGGAACAGUCACAGAUACCUCAGACAGACAGUGAGAUUGUUCCUGCUGUUUCUGACAUUGACACCUUAAUAGACAAUGAAGCAAAAGGAGAUACAAAGGAGCAGAGAGAACCUGAAGAUGUUCAGAUACUUGAGAACCCAGAUAAGCUCUCAAAUCCGUUGCCAAGAGAGCCAGCUUCAGUGAGUACAGCGGAUACGAGGUCUCCUUUGAAAACAACCAGACACAGAGAUGGUACUCCCUCUAUCAUUGAAACAGACUCAGUUCCUGAAACGUUUUUGUUGACUGAGUGUAGUUCCAAAAUUGUGACUGAUGGUCCUGUACGAAAGCAGAAUCAUACAGAAACCAUAGGAGAAACGUUACCAACAGAUUGUGCUACUAAUGAACUGAGGAAAACUAAAAAGUCUUGUCCUGUUGCAGAACCCAAGAGGGACGUAAAGCAUUUAAAGAACACGACAUCACCAUCUGUUCUGAGUAACAAUAAGGAAGGGAAUGAAUCAGAGUCUCCAAGUUCAUCAGGGUCUCCAAGAAAAUUGGUCAGAUCCAAGGGCCAAUCAGCUGUGUCCCCUUCACCUCGCAAGUCAAGGAAAAAGUUGAAGAAGCGACGGACUCCCAUAAAAUCCAAAUCAAACAGAAAACGUGAGGAACAAGAAAGAGAGCAUUUUGUUUCCGAUGACACUUACAAGGGGACACCCCUAUCACUUUCAUACCUUCCUUUAGGAGCAUCACAAGUUGACACAGAUGAGAGAAGAAGUCAAUCAAGUCCCUUUUCAAGUUCCCUGUCAAGCUCCAGUGCAGGCACAUUUGCCAGUGAGUUCAGUCGCACAGAUUCCUUGCACUCAAGAAGUCCAGAUGAUGAAGUUGCUUUGAUUAGUGAUGGAGUAUCUGAUCCUCCAGACCUCUCAGACCAACCAGCAACUCCGACAGACUUGAUUGUUAAACCUCUACCGAGCCCUAAAACUCUGGCAGAAUCUGUCUUCUGGGCUUCCUCAAGCAGCGCCAGCGGUUUGGAUGAGGAUGCGGUUUUAGAGGAUGAUGUAGAGGGUCUUGUAGAGCCACUUGAGAUUCUGGAGAAAGAGCUUGGCCAGAGUUCAGACUUGAGUAUUGAUUAUGAUGAUGAGGAUGAAUCAGGUGGGGAAAAGAUGGUAGAAUCUUCUGAUUUCACCAUCUUGGCUGAUGGACAACUUGAUGAUACAGUGGAGGGUAACUCAACAGCAGUUAUGCCAAACUCUUCCAGAGAAGAGCCUCUUCUAUCACUCUUGGAUGAGAACUAUGACAAAAAAGGAAACAGUGACAACCAUCUCACUAUGCAACCAUUUCAAGGAGCCAAUCUUAGACCCGAGAAAGAGAACUGUCUCAGUCCAUACACUGAAAGGGAAGCAAAUCCUUGUUCAGACGCAACAAAUAACCCACAAAUCAUCCGCCAGAGUGAACCUUUGCCUCCCUCUUUCGCUGACAAGCCAACCAGAUUUAUCAACACGUUAAAUAUUGAGCCAUUACAAAUGGCACAUUCUAGCGAAGAAAUCAAAGAGAGUGAGAAAUCUAAAUCUGGUAAAAUGCCCUCUUCUUGUGCUUCAGUUCAUUUUGGCAAUGGUGAUGUUGAUCCUUGUGUCCAUUUGGAGGCAUCUGUUCAAGCUACUUCCUUACCAGACAUCCCUCAAGAUGUCAACAAGACAACUACUCCUUUAUACAACAUACCAGUAAGUCUAGAAAAUGUGGAGACAGAGACUAGCUCAUCCAUUGAUGAUGUCAGAUUUUUGCCCAGGGUUGAUCAGCUGCAAAUGGCAGAAGCUAAUAUGAGCUCAACUGAUAACACUCUUGAGGUAUUGGGCCACCCACAGAAGACACAAACUAAGUCUCCUGGAGUAGUUUUAGUGGAAUUGAGAGAGGACAUGGUACCAGACGGGGCUAUUGUUGAAUCAAGAGCAGAUGAGUCUCAAAACCUGGUCUUGAAUCGUGGGAAAUUGGUUACUGAGAUAAACCCAUCAUUGAUACAAGAAGAACUUAUUAGGCUGCGCACCCUCCUAAACUCGAUCACCAUAGCUCCUUUUGCAUUUGGCCUGCCUGAGUUACAGUCCACUCCAUCAGAUUCCAAAAGUGAGUUAGCUGCUCUGAAGGCUGAAGAGAUUCCCAAAGGACAGGAAUCUCAAGGGGAAGGUUCCGUGUGUAGUAUAAGUCCAGAUAGCUCUACUGAAGAACUCUCAAUAAUUGAACAACUCCGAGGACUGUCAGAAAAGCUAGGGUCUUCUCUCCCACAGGAAGAUACAACUGAAAUCAUGGAGAGAGCACGGACUAUCUCUGAUCAUUUAGAACAGACUCAUUCUAGUGUGUAUUCCCCAUCCUUAGUAGAAGAGCUAAGAGAACUGUCGAAGCAACUUGAUGCAUCAAAAUUCCUGACAACUGAAAAGUAUGAGGAAAAGGCACAUCCUUUUGAUUGCAAGAAUCAAGACGACAAUGAAAAAUCUGCCCUGUUUCAAAGUGCUCAGGACUUGACUCUCUAUCAGACUGCUUUUGAGAUAACACAGGAAACCCUCCAACCUACACCCAUUGGUAACCUUUCGCUUUCACCUGUCCAACUGCAGAGCACACCUGUACCAAGGGAAAAUAAUCCACUGGAAUUCGCUGGAAUUGACAUAAAGAGUCCAGUUGUGAGCCCCAUUACUUGCUAUAGCAGAUUUGGGCAAUCGGCUUCAGAAGACGGCAAAGAUGAAGUUUUUCUUGAAAACUCAGAAUCUAGAGGAUCAACACCUGAUGUGAAUGAGGUAUUUCACAUUGACUCUGAGUCGUCUGAUGGAGAGGACUCGUCUGGUGAUGAAGAUGGUGCUAUGGACACAGCUGAGCGGGUGUUGUCAGAAAUGUCAUCAUUUAGACAGCAGCUUGACAUACUCAGCGGUAGUGACACUUUAGAUGAUGAUGAUGAUGACUCUUCUGAAGGUUCAAAUGAUGAGUCGACUAAGGCAGCCAAUGACCCGGAGGAAGAUCAGAAGACUCAAGAAGUUCUUCGCAAGACCCGACCUUCAGUUGGUUCAAGGAGCUCUCUUGAAUGCUUGCUGCCAACAAUCUCUGAGGAAUGUCUUUCAUCGUCUGAUGUAGACGAGCCUCGCAUUGCACCUGCAAAUGUGUCACCAACGGAAAAUCCACCUAAAAAAUGUUAUAAUUUCACCCCAGAGGAUCAUACAGUCAGACUUGAAGAUCCUCUAGAUGAAGUGCAUGCUGACCUUAGGCCUUGUACCUCCUCUGUGAAUGAAGAGAUUCCCAGCCUAAAUGAACCAGCCAUUCCAAUCAAGUUCCUGAGAGCUGUUGCUAAGAACCUUUCUGAGGGUCAGCAAGAAGCAAGCAUCUUAGAAGAAGGAUCUUCACAAGAAGGCCAGUCUGCAAGGAGCCAUCUGUGGGAGCCAGAAAAUCCAGUUGUGGCCGAACCUUUGCUUGGCAAAGAGUUUGCUGCCACUAAGGCCAAACUGAAUAUGCUCGUCCGUAUCUUGGGUGGUAACUGGGAAUCACUGGGAGAGACAUCAUCAGAAGGGUCAGCUGCUUCAUCGCCAGUCCAAGGAGAAUUUGACAUCGCUCCAAGAGAACAGAUGCCACUCACAGAAGACGAGACUAAUGUGUCUGCCAGCGAUGAGAGAAUUUACAGCACAGUUGGAAACAGAUACGUUGUUACGUAUGAUGAGUCUGCACAGACAGAUCCAAUAACAGAACAGGACUUAGCCGGUCAAAUGGGACAAGUGCAUGAGGAAUUGUCAUCCACUAUUGAACCAGUUGAUUCUGCCUGUUCACUUGAUCAAUUUUCAGGUGCACAAGUCGCUGACAAAUUCACACAGACAACUUUGAGACAGAAAGUAGCAGUCCUAGCUACCAAAGAUUUAUCUCCUCUUUAUCAGAAAACAAGUGUAACUGCAUUACCGACUUUGUGUUCAGAAACCUCGUCUCUCCCAUCACGGCCUCAGUGCCAACCUUCAUCUGAUGAAGACACUGAUGACAUUGAAGAUCAACCAGUGUCUCAGCAAUUCUCCACCCAUCAUUCAAUCUCCACAGAACAAGACCAAAUAAAUUCUAACCGUCUCUCAUACCAACCUGACAGACUAACAGAUGCUCCUGAUGCUGUGCCACUAAAAAGUGCGGUGUCCCUUCCUGCUGAGCUCAAAACACCAAAAUACGACAAAAAGUACGAGGAUGGCAAAGGGCUUAAUGAAGUCGAUCAACAUUAUGCUUCAAAGGAAGGCUGUAAACAAGACAAAGACUUGGAGGUUGAUUCUUUGCAGCCUGUGUUUUUGUUGUUACCCGCAGAGCCAAUCAUAAAAGCCUCAGUUGUUCUGAACAAUGAAGUUCUCCGUUUUCCACCUUGUGAAGAGGAUGAGUCCCUUCUCCAAAAAAGUGGUUGUGUGGAACCUACUGUAAAUACUUCGAAGGAUGAAGGCAAAAGGUUAGAGCAGCGUGAGGUUGAAAAGAACAGCCUUCUAGUCAAGGUUCCUGUUGAGUUGGUGCGAAAGACAGCUGUUGUUCCAAGAGAUCUCAAUUUUAUGUGGCCGUCUGAGACCAGAAAAUCUUUACCGAAACAUACAACGCGGAAGGCGCCCCAAAAAUCAUUGCUUGAUUCAAGUAAAAAAACUAAUGAGCAUAAAUUCAGGGAGAGGCAAAAACAAUCCUCCUGCUCUCCUGUGGAAGAGGUAAUGAUCGGAGAAACAAUUGCUUCAAAGGAUGUCAAUUUGUCAUCUUUCACUGUAGACCCCAAGCCAGGAAUUGCUGAUGGGGACCCACUAAAUGGGAUACCUGAAAUCAGGUUACUCGGACCUGUUGAAGAGAUUUUAGUUAAGGAAGCUGUAACCCUGAGUGAUGAACCAAUCAUGUGGCCUUUGACAGGAACUAAUCCCAAUGAAAAUCAUCACGGGCAAACCUGUGAGCCAUCUGACACAACCUCUUUGUUCCAACCAAUCAGAGAGGAGUCAUCCAGUCAGAAUCCAUCAACUGAAAACUUGCUUGCCAGAGACGAAUCUGCUAGUAAGGCCCCUGUACAUGGACAGCAGCUGGAGAUCCAAUCUGAGCACAGUGGAGGGGAUACAAACCUGAACGAGUUGAAGGAGUUAUCCACAGUGAUGGGCCUCUCUCCACAGAGAUCUUAUAGCACAGAUGAGGAACUGAUACAAAUCUUCUCCAAGGGAGUCGCUCACUUUAGAAGUCUCAAGCAGGAUGUAAUUAAACCAAGGCUGGUUGCUGUUGCGACCAACACUUCCCCAAUGAAGACCACACUCAAUGAUGCUGAAAGAGUUGAUGCUGCUGUCAUGACUGAAGGAGAAAUCGAGCAAGCUCACGCUUACACAAGCAUGUCACCCAACAAUGAGCAAGAACUGUGUCUGAACCAGACAACCGAAAUUAUACCUGAACAAGCCAUGCCUCUUGCUCAAUUAACAGCAGCCCAACUACUUGGCAUGAUUGUCGAUAAACCACAGGACAUGAUACCUCAGCAGACCAAAGUUCCCAACAAUGACAAUACUAUAAACACACUGGAAGUUACCAGUAGCCCACAUGAGAUUGAAGCACCGUCUAAAACUAAUCUGGACCAUGAACCAGUGCUAGACAGCAUUGAUCCAGAACAGCCAGAACAGCAAACGGCAGUAUCUACAACACCAUCAUAUGAGAAUGCUACCAGUACAAGGCCUUAUGUAGCACAAGUACCUGAAAAAAGUAAAGAAGUACAUAGAGUACAUUGUCAAGACUCAGAGACAGAGAAGCCACUAAAAGAUGAAAGUAAGAGUCUUGAUGAAUCUCGCUCUUCAGAAGACAACAGGCUUGGUGAUGAUGUCAUUGAGUUUGAUGAUGAGGAGCAGAGGUUGUUAAAUGAACUAAGGAAGAGAACACGUGCAUCUCAAGAGGCAGCUAAGAGGGCAAUGGCUUGUGCACUUAAACUUCGACAGAAGAACCUCUCUGAUCUCCCAAUGGUGGAAAAUACAAAGGUCACCCCAGAUUCCCUCAAACAGCGAUCAGAACCAAAAGUAAGACCAGCUAUUGUCAAAUCCCAAGGUGGAGAAACAAAAGGGCGAGACUCAUGUCAAGAGCUGUUGAUGCAGAAGGAGCCUGAACAAACUGACAGCAAGGCUUCAGUACCUGAAACUCUUCAUCCCAUAAGUGAGAUUGCUAACAAAGAAUGCAGAUUUAAUGUUCUGCCACUGGAGGAAUUUGCCCAGAAUGUAUCCAGGCUCAUGGAGGACGAGAGUGACAAAGAUCAGAUAUCAACACCCACUAAAAGGAUCUCCCAUGCCAGAAUUAUUUUGAGGCAACCAAGUUAUGAAGAUGGUUCAACAGAUUCAGGGAACAGUUCGGUCUUAGAAGUGCAAUCGCCAGUAAGUCAUUUUGAAAACACAGAGGACAAACAGCUUGGACCAUCGAACAUUUCACAGCAACCGUGCCAUGGAGUGCAGGAUGAUGAUCAUGAUGAGGUGAGCAUAUCACUGGAUAACAAUCUUCAGUCACGGCCUCAAUUGAUCACUGAACAUAUCCAAAAGGAGGCUCUUUGUAUCAGUGAUUUUGAUAGACUGGCUUUAAAGGUGUCGAAGCUGGAGUGUUUUGUACCUUCAGUGGAACCAGCAAAACCAAAAACUACACCUAGCUCAGAAGAGAAGAAUCCACUAAAACCUCUUGGUAGUUCAAGAUUCUUUUCUCAAAGCCCAGACCAACAACAUAUUGAUCUGUCAAGUCUGGAAUUCCAACCGCAAGAAACGGACAGAGAUGAUGUUCACACAAGGCCGUUCAUCCAGAACCUGUUAAACAAACCUGGUAAUGAUGUUGAACUUUUACUUCCAUCUGAACUUGCCCAUGAAAAAUCAAACUGCAGUCACACUUCUGAUGACAUCGAAGAGAAGUUGGCAAAGUUGACAGAAAGUAGUCAUGCUGAGAAUGAAAGCACAGGAAACAGAUCAGAGAUUGGUGCAAAGAAAGACGACAAGACUCGUGUGAGUGAUCAAAAGCUCAUACAACCCGAGGAUGUUGCAAACAACGGCAGUUGUGAGAGACCUGAAGACUUUACUGGAAGGGACAGUUUAAAAAGUCACAGACCACUUCUUGGAUACUUUUCCGACAUCAGCUUCGAUUUAGACAAUGACAAUGAUGAGGACUUAAGAGCUCUGAAAAGAACCAAUGAGAACAUUGACCGCAUCAUUGCCGAGACAUCAAGCCUGGAGUCUGAUUUUGAGGAUGACACAGAGCCAGAGCUCGCAGAACUCGUAGAUGAUGAGACCGAUACCUUUACCCCUCAACGAUCAUCUGUUGAUGGUUUGGCCUCCUUCAGAAUUAGCCUACAGGAGAAGCCUCUUAAGGCAAAUUCUGCUCCAGCUGCUCUUGCACCUAAAGAAGCUGAUGACAGCAAUAACGAAAGCGAGGGUGAGGAAGAAGAAAUAUCUUCUCUGCGUCUCCAUGGUAUCCUAAUUUCACCAGAGAAGCUUGAGUGGCUUCUCGCUGACUCGGAAUCUGGGGAGAGUAGCUCUACUUCUUCACCAAGAGAGGAGAAUGAUUCUUCAAAAAUGCACAAUGGUGAAGAUGAAGGGCCAAAGCCAACAAGGGAAACUCCAGUAAAUGACAACAGAAGCAGUGGGUCAGGGAAUUUUCUUGAAACGAAUUCUGAGCCUGAAUCCAGGGAUGGUAACACUCACAAGCAACCUGGAACAAGUAACGAGGAAUUAAGCGGUUUGAAAAGAGAUCAACACAGCAUGGAAUUUGAAAAUCAGCAGAGACUUGCCAAGGUGUUUGAGUAUGAGGCUCCGGCAACAAAGCAGGGAAUAUUCCUGCCAGAGAUGAAAUCAAUAUUUGUGGUAACAAAAGAUGAACAACCACAUCAAGCUGGCAGUAGUGAUCCUUUGCCUCUUGCCAACUCAUUGCAUGUGAAGGAUAACAAAUUAAAACCUGAAAUACACGAGUCACAAGAACUAAAUGAAGAAAUUCAGCGACUGAAAAGUGGUCAUGGAAGUAGUCUGGAGAAAUCUGUGGAUUUGGAGGCCUACCCGCUUGUCAAUCGUCAAAAAGAUUUCAAGAAACAUGCCCAGGAAGGUCCUGAUGAUGAUAGCAAUUCAAUAUUAGAUACUCUAAAUACCAAUUUAACCCAAAGCAGUGGUGUAUUCAGUUCAAGCACAAGAGAUACUGAGCUGUCGUGGUUGAGGGAGAGAAGAUUGUCCUCGGAGCAGUUAAGCAGCACUAGCUCUGAAACAGAGGAUGCGGACUUCAGCAGGAUUCAAAAGGAGUAUCGAAACAUCUUAGAAGAUUGUCAAGAAUCUACACUAAAUCCUCCAGAAAGCACUCAGUCAACGCCCACAAAUGUCUUUACUCAGACUGAUGAUGAAUCUCCUAUGAGUAGCAAUGAUGAGAGUAGCUUUGGAAAGGAGAACAUGAGGCUUGGUGCUUCCUGGCCACUUAGAGAACCCAUCAGCACAAAGCUUCACCCAAGAAGAGACAUUGCCGUUGAACUAAUGGAAGCCAGUUUGAUGCACGGCAUAGGAGAGACAGAUGCCUUUCUGAAGUUCUUGGACAGUGACUUACCUCUUGAGAAGUGGAAAUCAUCAGAGGUUACGCUAAGGCAUCGUCGCAGUCAGAGUGUAGGCCCUCCAUUGAAGUUAGACGGAGAAGCAUCUAGACAUGAUCCUAGCCCAAGUAAGCAGAAACCUCGCCAGGUGAAAGUUGUCUCCUCACAACCAACCAAUCUUAGAUCAGAGCCCAAGGGCCAAGGAAGCUCACCAAUUACCUCUCCUGAAAUACCAGCUGAAAGCCCAACAUCUCUGAGUCCAUCACAGAAUGCUUUGCCUAGUGAACGUCGCAGGUUUCUCCAGCAGCUGAGAAGCAACAUAGUAUCAGCAACCUCCACACAGAGACCAGAGAGAGCCAAGAUAGAUGCCCUCCUGCAGGACUCCUGGAUGGGGAAGGAACCAUCAAGAUCUACUGACUCAGACCAGGAAAAGAAGCCUCGUCACAUCAACGCUCCAAAUCCAAACAGAGAUGAUAUAGAAGCAUUGCUUGAAGAGUCACGACAUAUGAGAGAAAGAUCAAGGGCCGAGAUUGCAAAAGCCGAGGAGAACUUAAGCCAUGCAAGACCUGUCUCAAGACAAGGAGGAAAAGGAGGAAAAGACUCAUUUAGAGAAAGACUUGGGGAGGGGUUUCCACCGGCAAAUCAAGGCAGCCUCACUAGGGUUGAUGGGAUAAGUCUAGGUGCCAGACCAAAAUCUGCAGAGACUGCUUUGAGCAGGAAGGAGAGAGUCGGAACCCAAGAUGGAUCAGAAGACAGUACUGACAAUCUUCAAGGAAGUUUGGAUUAUACGAUGAGACAGAGACGACCUCACAGUGCACAUGGAUCGUUGGAUUUGUAUAACUGCCAGGAUGCAAUUGACCGAGAAAUCCAGUGUCUUCGUGCAGCCUCUGCAGCCAUGAGCUCUAGGCCUCCCAACCUGGCCCGCCCCGACAUCCCCUCCCGGAGACCACAAACCCUGACGCACACCAACACGAAGCCAUCCCCACCCCCUCCACAGAGGUAUCUGCCUCCGUAUGAUCACGGUGCAUCACGUUAUGCCGAAUCACCAAGACAGGGUCAGGGUACUGCAUCUUCACAGACGAGAUCGCAAUCUCCCCUUGCUGUCCCCAUCAUCGCAUUCCAUCCACCAUCCCCUGAGGAGAUAGAUCCAUCUUCCAUCCCUACCAUCGCUCGUGCCAAUGAGGUCCUCCAAGCGAGCUACAGGAGCCCCGGAAGUCUUAGAUCCCAGGUUGGCGUUCCAGUUGCAUCUUUGCCGCAGUCGGAAGCAUCGUUGACUGAUCUAGAGAUGCUGCCGUCUUUGGUAAGAGGAGGAGCAAGAAUGGAUGUUCCCAGGACCCAGGCCAGCCUCAAGAACUCCGGAAGAGCUUCCCACGACCAGUCCAGGAUAUUCCAAACCACCUCACCGUCUCCAAAGUUAUCGUCUUCCCACUCCUCUCAUCCGUCUCCUCCCAAGAGGAGAGUUCGAUUAGAUUCUCCUGAUGCACCGGUUGUCAAGGAGGAUGCUGGAUCCCCACCAAGACGAUCUGGAAGACAAAGCAGGCUGAGCAGCCAGGAGAGAAUGACCCCAGAGUUGCCCCCGAUAAUCGAGACCCCUCUUGUUUCAUUGGAUAGUCUCUAUGAACUAGCCGCUGAUCAGGCUAUGGCUAUCUUGAUCAGAGAGACGACUUUGACUGGUAAAGUAGAUCCCAACAAAUCCAAGCAACCUAUAGAAAGCAAUGCAUGGAGGUACCAAGGACAAGAAAAAGGCAUUCUCUUCUGGCAGAAAACAAAUAAAUAUUGCCCUAUUGACAGUUUCCUUGGCCUAGGUGUACUUAAAGCUCCAGCACAGACCGUCUUUAACUUAAUCAACAACUCAUCCAGAUACGACUGCUUACAUGAAGCCAUCACUAAUGUCAAGCUACUGCACAAGAUAGAUAACACAAUGAAAGUCCUCAGCAUACUCUGUGAUAUGGACAACUGUUCACUUCAAAAGCCACGGGACUUCUGUUGUGUGAUCAAACAAACACACUGGAAUGAUAGGUGGUACAUCGUUGCAACAUCCGUGAAACAUCCAUCGUAUCCUGCAGUGUCUACAACUGUAAGAGGACAGAUUCUGUGUUGUGGCGUUUCCAUGGAACCGGUCUUCACAGAGGAUGGUGAACACUGUAGAAUUGCACAUUUAUCACAGAUUGACCUUCAAGGUGACCUCAAGCCAACUCUAGUAAAUCAUUUAACCAGCCGACUGCCGCUGUGUCUUGCGCAUCUAAGAGACUGCAUUGAAAUUGGACAACUUUAAUCUGACAGGGUUUGACUCUACCCCAAUUCUUGUCACCAUUUGCCAAGGAACUCUCGACAGCUCUGCAACUGCCAUCACUGGGAUCGCACAACUUGAAGCAGGGUGGUAGUUAACAUGUUGAUCACAACUCAUUCAUCUUGAGGUCCAGUCACAAGCUAAUGACGUGAUCUGGGAUAAAAUGGAUUCCUUUGUCAUUGUCCAUCCCCUGUUACUGUGGUUAACUGAAACCUUCCUUCUGAGUUGAUGACUUGUGAUUGACCUGACUACAACGCUACAACAAAUACUGCUUUAAAGAGGUUGUGGAAUGCUGAAAGUCCUUUUGUUUUUGAUAUUUUUUUAUUGUAGAGUAGACCCAUAUAUAUCA